AUGGACCAAUUCAAAAAGCUGUAUCACGAAUAUUGUAAAACAUAUCAUGUUGAACCAAAUGAAUUACUCCUUGGCGAAAUUCAAAAAGUUUCUGGCGAAGAUAAUAAAACAAAAGGCUUGAACUUAUCCUCAUUUAAUAUUCCUGAAGGACAAUGUUCGAUACUGGGAAAGAUUCUCACGCAUGAUUUCAUUUUUACUAGUAUUCAUCUCAAUGAUUGCAAUCUUUCUACUGAUGCUUUACAAGCACUUCUUCACGGACUUGUUACGAAUACCACGUGUAAAACAUUAGAAUUAAAGGGAAAUGGGAUCCAAGGCGCUGGGACCGAAGCAUUGGCAAAAGUAUUACGAAGAAAUCAAACACUUCGCAAUUUACGCCUUGAAUGGAAUCAAAUAGGCGCGAUGAAUUCUCCUGCUUUCAGCGUGUUUUGCGAUGCGCUUGCCGACAACAAAUCAGUGAUCGAACUUGAUCUGCGUAAUAACGACAUCAAUCACGUUGGUGCUUCCGAAUUAGCAACAGCUUUGAAACGAAAUACAACAUUGCGUGCAUUAGAUCUACGCUGGAACAACGUUGGUCUGAUCGGUGGUCGAGCUUUACUAGCGCUUUGUCAAACAAAUGCGACUCUAGAGGACUUACAACUAAUUGGAAAUAACAUUCCUGAUGAUAUUAUGCAAAGCAUCGCUAAUGCAAUAACAAAAAAUAGUGAACAGCGUCAAAUGCAUUUUGCCCAUUCGCAAAACACCGCUGUGCUUUCUCGACAAUUACAACAUGUUCAUCAAGAAAAGGAUCGUCAGAUAUCGACAACAUUAACACGCAUGUCAUUACAAGAGCAAGCUAUGGUGAAAGCAAAUAAAUCAUUGACAGAAAAAUUAACAAAAUUGCAAGAAGCUUUAGAUGAACGAAAGUUAGCCUUUUUAGCUUUAUCGACUAGAAAUACUUCGUUGGAAAAUGAUCUUGUCGAAGCUAAACGACAGUAUGAUGAUGUGCAGAAUGAUAUGAAGCGAAUGGAAAUUGACAAAGAAGAGCUCAUACAAAAAAUUCGACGCGAAUGUAAACAUGAGAAAGAUGAAUUAAUUGAUAUACAAGAGAAACUUCAACGCGAUUUGAAUGAAAGUGCCGAAAUUCAACGGCGUUUAAAUGAAAAACUCCAUGAUCUUGAACGAAAGAAUGAAACUCUUCAAUCAACCGUCCGUGAUCUUCAAGAAAACAUAACUAUAAGCGAUCGAACUCAUCAAAUAAAAUUAACCUCGGCAGAUGAGGAAAUUCAACGUUUAAAACUCAAACACAAAGAAGAUCUGAAAGAUCAAGAACUGAUCGCUAGUCGUGAUGUACAACGACUCAAAGAAGCGCAUGCAUCAGCUGAACAGACUUUAAAAGAUCAAGUAACGAAAUUAGAAAAUAUUCGAACAUCGUUGGAACGAGAAAUCAAUUCAUUGAAAUCGUCAGUCUCGACCCAAAAAUUAGCUCAUGAUGAAGUGCUGCAACAAGAGAAACUUCGAAUUAGAAAUGAAGAAGAAAAGAAGCAACAAGAAAUUGAAGAUCGCCUACGUUCAUUAGCGAAUACAAAAGAAGAGCUUGAGUCUCGCUAUAACCAACAGCUAAUUGCUAAUCGUGAACUACAGCAAAAGAUUAAUUUUCAAGCGGUAGAAAUUGAAACAUUCAAACGCCAAAUCGAUUCAAUCCAAUCAACUAUACUUGGCAAAGAUAAUGAAAUCGCUGAAGUUCGUGAGAAAAUGAAAACUGAACAUGAGAAAAAACUUCGGUCAAUACAAAAAGAUAUCGAUAUGAAUGAUGAAUUCAAAGAUCGAAUAAAGCAACUGGAAAAUGAUUUAAAAGAUCAACGAUUUACCGAUAGACACACGAUUCGUGAAUUGGAAAGUCGAGUGACUGAAUUGCAGACAGCACUGAAUCAACGUGACCAAGAAACAACACGUUUAAGACGCGAGGAAGAACAACGAUUACACUUUCUACGAUCGGCUAUCAUUGAUUACAUUGGCACAGGCGCUAGUUAA